AUGGAGACAAAGAAUCUCACAGAAAUUACAGAGUUUCUUCUUCUAGGAUUGUCAAAUGAAGCAGAAAUGCUAUCCCUCAUAUUUGGCAUUUUCUUCUCCAUGUACCUAAUCACCGUGCUGGGGAACCUGCUCAUCAUCCUGGCCGUCAGCUCAGACCCCCACCUCCACACACCCAUGUACUUCUUCCUGUGCAACCUGUCCUUUGUGGACAUCUGCUUCACCUCCACCACCAUCCCCAAGAUGCUGGUGAACAUCCAGACACACAGCAAGGCCAUCACCUAUGUAGGCUGUCUCGCCCAGAUGUACUUUUAUAUGCUGUUUGGAUUAUUGGAUGACUUACUCCUGACAGCAAUGGCCUAUGACCGUUUUGUGGCCAUCUGUCACCCCUUGCACUACACGGUCAUCAUGAACCCGAGACUCUGUGGGCUGCUGGUUCUGGCGUCCUGGAUCUUCAGUAUUCUGCAUUCCUUCUUACAAAUUGCCAUGGUGCUGCGUCUGUCCUUCUGCGCAGAUGUGGAAAUCCCCCAUUUUUUCUGUGAACUCAAUCAGGUCAUUCACCUUGCCUGUUCUGACACCUUCCUUAAUAACUUGCUGAUGUAUUUUGCAGCCGCGGUGCUUGGUAUUAUUCCUCUCUAUGGGAUCCUUUACUCUUACUCUAAGAUUGUUUCCUCCCUGCGUAGAAUCUCCUCAGCUCAGGGCAAGUACAAAGCAUUUUCUACCUGUUCUUCUCAUCUCUCCGUGGUCUCCUUAUUUUAUGGUACGGGCUUAGGUGUGUACCUGAGCUCUGCUGUGACCCAGAAUCCACGUCCAAGUGCCAUCGCAUCUGUGAUGUACAUGGUGGUCACCCCCAUGCUGAACCCCUUCAUCUACAGCCUCAGGAACAAAGACAUCAAGGAGGCUCUGACAAGUCUAAUUGGGAAGAAAUAUAUAAAAGCGUAA